UUGAAAUAUAAAUUUGUUUUCAGUUUCAUAGAGCAAGACUGCGUAUCAGGAUUCUGGACCUGGAUGUUCGUCCUCUCGAAGCUUCCCGAGCUAGGCGAUACGAUUUUCAUCGUACUUCGAAAGCAGCCGCUGAUCUUCCUCCACUGGUACCACCACAUCACAGUGCUCCUUUACUCAUGGUUCUCGUACACCGAGUACACAGCCUCGGCCAGGUGGUUCGUCGUGAUGAACUACUUCGUCCACUCCGUGAUGUACUCGUACUACGCGUUAAAGGCGAUGCGGUAUAGGCCUCCGAAGGGCAUCUCGAUGCUGAUCACCACCCUACAGCUAGCACAGAUGGUAAUCGGCUGUGCUAUAAACAUAAUGGCUUACCAGUAUCUGGAAGGCGGCCAAAUAGACUGCCACAUCUCCCACGUGAACGUCAGGCUGGGCCUCGUGAUGUACUUCAGCUACUUCGUGCUGUUCGCCCGGUUCUUCCAGCAGGCUUAUCUGAAGAAAGCCGCGGCCAAGAAGAAGAGCUACACCAACGGCACCACGGAAUACGAGAAGCUCAAGGCUAAUUAAGAAGACGUAGAGGAAGAGGCAGAAAGAGAGGGCGAGAAUGAUAGAGAGAACAAAGCACACCAAAACAUUUUUGAAAACUUUUUCUAGUGACAAUUUCCGGCGGCAUUUAUUGAGACUCCUCGUACCGCGUCUCAAGAAAUGCCCGGGAAUGGCUUUUUUAGAAGUCUUUGUUAACUCGAAGUGGUAAGCGAGGUGGAAGGAUGAUGGCUGGCGUGUUCGCUGCGAGGCGAGAGGAACACCACGGUGCGAUCCAUUUAUUCGAUAUAGCACACUGAACUUUACGAUAAUAUUUAAAUGUUGCACACUCUGAAUUUAAUAUGGAAUUACCGAAGGGUAACGGGUUCGACGCUGCUCGCCGUUGAACUUGUUACCGGUGAGCUUUUUACUGGCACCGGGAAACUUCUUUCAUUUUGUUU